CAAAGCUGUCAAAAACAGCUGUCAUUCGUAAUCUUUCUUCCAAAAGAAUUUUUCUCAUCAUUCUCACAAUUAUGUUUUAGAAAAAAUACGGCAAAAGAUAUUAAAAAAUUGAAUAAAUUUAUAAUAUAAACGAAAUAAACAGUUGAAUUAAAAGAGUUUUUUGUGUGCGUGUGUUUAGGAAAGCAUUUAAAAUGCAAUUGCGUGCUUUAAAUCAUUUAAGAAACUCUUGGAAAAGUGUAUCCCGGAGAUUUGCAACAAAAACCUCUUCGCCCAACAUAGAUGAGAUAGGCAGUGGUACCGGUAUUGGUAACAUUACCGGUGGUUUGCGUAAAAAUGUUGAUGGACUUUAUACAGUCAAUCAACCAUCCACGGAAGUGGUUACCAAAUUGCCUCCCUUAACACAGCCCAUACCUGAUUUGGCUGAAGUGGAAUAUGCUAAACCAUUGUUGGAAAGUAGUGCCACCAAAGUUACAACACUGCCCAAUGGCUUGAGAGUGGCUUCUGAACCACGUUUUGGUCAAUUUUGUACAGUGGGUUUGGUUAUUGAUUCGGGUCCACGUUAUGAGGUUACCUACCCGGGAGGUGUUUCACAUUUUUUGGAAAAAUUAGCUUUUAACUCUACCACCAACUUCCCCAAUAAAGAUGCCAUCUUAAAGGAACUUGAGAAAAAUGGUGGCAUAUGUGAUUGCCAAAGUUCUCGUGAUACUCUUAUCUAUGCCGCUAGCAUAGACAGUCGUGCCAUUGAAUCUGUUACACGUCUUUUGGCUGAUGUUACUUUGAGGCCCACUUUACAUGAGGAGGAAGUAUUUUUGGCUAGACGAGCUAUACAAUUUGAAUUGGAAACUUUGGGCAUGCGUCCUGAACAAGAACCCAUUCUUAUGGAUAUGAUUCAUGCCGCUGCUUAUAGAGAUAAUACCUUAGGUUUGCCGAAAUUGUGUCCUCCAGAAAAUCUAGAUGCCAUUAAUCGUGAUGUGUUGAUGAAUUAUUUGAAAUAUCAUCAUACACCUGAACGUAUGGUCAUUGCUGGUGUUGGUGUUAAUCACGAUGAACUGGUUCGCAAUGUAGAACGUUUCUUUGUUGACGAUGCUGCUAUUUGGGACAAAGAACAAAUUAGUGGAACUGGUGCCCAAGAAGUAGACAAAUCCAUUGCUCAAUAUACUGGAGGUCUACGCAAGGAAGAAUGUGAAAUACCAAUUUAUGCCGCAGCUGGUCUACCAGAACUUGCCCAUGUUGUUGUCGGUCUUGAGGGUUGCUCGCAUCAAGAUCCUGACUUUGUCGCCCUGUGUGUACUCAAUAUUAUGAUGGGUGGUGGCGGUUCCUUUUCGGCCGGUGGUCCUGGCAAGGGAAUGUACUCGCGUCUGUAUACAAAUGUUUUAAAUCGUUAUCAUUGGAUGUACAGUGCUACUGCUUAUAAUCAUGCUUAUGCCGAUACUGGUUUGUUCUGCAUACAUGCCAGUGCUCCUCCAAAUAAUGUACGUGAUAUGGUUGAAGUUGUCACAAGAGAAUUGGUAAAUAUGACUUCAAAUCCAGGACGUGAGGAAUUGAGUCGUUCGAAGAUUCAACUACAAUCGAUGUUAUUGAUGAAUUUGGAGUCCAGACCGGUGGUAUUUGAAGAUGUGGGACGUCAAGUUUUGGCCACUGGUCACCGUAAGAGGCCAGAACAUUUUAUUAAUGAAAUUGACAAAAUUACUGCAGCUGAUAUUCAGAGAGUGGCGAAACGCAUCUUGGCCACUCCCGUGUCAUUGGCUGCUCGCGGUGAUAUUGCUAGCCUGCCUGACAUUAAAGAAGUACAAAAUGCUUUACACCACGAUGGCAAAUUAAACAGUCGUCGUCUCUCUUUGUUUAAAUGAUUCAAUCAUUUUAAUUGAUCCUCAGUUCCCGCAGGAAUAAUAAAAAUACAUUUUUAACACUUUUACAAAGUGUCGUAUAAAAACUCCAUAUA